AUGAGUGAUUUAGAAUCUGUCAACUCUUUCAACUCACAAGACAGUACAUCCACGAAUUCGUCUUCAAUAGACGAACAACAACAACCUCAACAAUAUAUUCCAAAUACAACAACAACAACAACGACAAAUGGUGCUCAAUUAAAACUAACACGUACAGAAACCGUCAAAACAUUACAAGAUUUAGGUGUCACCCGUGAUGCUCCAGUACCGGACGUCAAUGCACCUCAAACUUCUGCAAGAAAUACAAUCUUCCCCGAAGAAUAUACAAUGGAAACCACUACAGGGUUAGUCCCAGUAUCUACAUUACAAUCUCUAGGUAGAACCGCGACAUCUAUUACACGUACAAGAACAAGACAAAUCGAACGUCGUUCCACAAGUGGCUUUUCCACGACUUCAAACUCCAAAGGUGAAGAAGAAGAAGAAGAAGAGGAGGAGGAAGAAGAGGAUACUAAAGAAGUCCCUGAAUUAGAUCCAGAAAUUGAAUUCGUUACCUUCGUUACAAAUGAUCCUGCUAAUCCACAUAAUUGGCCUUUAUGGAUCCGUUGGACAUAUACCAUCUUACUAUCCACUUUAGUUAUUUGUGUCGCUUAUGGAUCAGCUUGUAUCACUGGUGGUUUAGGUACAGUACAAGAUCAAUUCCACGUUGGGUUAGAAGCUGCUAUUUUAUCAUGUUCAUUGAUGGUCAUUGGGUUCUCAUUGGGUCCACUUAUUUGGUCUCCGGUUAGUGAUUUAUACGGGAGACAAGUAGCAUACUUCUUCUCAAUGGGACUUUACGUUAUCUUCAAUAUACCUUGUGCUUUGGCACCUAAUUUAGGGUGUUUACUAGCGUGUAGGUUUUUAUGCGGGGUUUGGUCCUCUUCAGGACUUUGUUUGGUCGGUGGUUCAAUUGCUGAUAUGUUCCCAAGUGAAACAAGAGGUAAAGCUAUUGCGUUUUUCGCAUUUUGUCCAUAUACAGGUCCUGUCUUAGGUCCUGUUGUAAACGGGUUCAUUUCUGUAUCAACUGGUAGAAUGGAUCUAAUUUUCUGGGUUAAUAUGGCAUUUGCUGGUGUUAUGUGGAUUAUUUCAUCUGCUAUCCCUGAAACGUAUGCUCCUGUGAUUUUAAAACGUCGUGCUGCAAAAUUAAGAAAGGAAACUGGCAACCCUAAAAUUAUGACUGAACAAGAAGCUCAAGGUAUUAGUUUCAAUGAAAUGAUGAAAGGUUGUGUUUUAAGACCAUUAAAAUUCUCAGUCACUGAACCAGUUUUAUUCGCAACAUGUUUUUAUGUCUGUUUGAUUUACUCUCUAUUAUAUGCAUUUUUCUUCGCAUAUCCUGUUAUUUUCAGCGAAAUGUACGGUUAUAAAGAUAAUUUUAUCGGUUUGAUGAUGUUACCAAUUUUGAUCGGUGCUACAUUUGCAUUAGCAUUUACCUUUUGGUGUGAAUCUAAAUACUUGGCACUCAUAAAAACUCGUAAGCCUACUCCUGAAGAUCGUUUACUUGGUGCCAAAAUUGGUGCUCCAUUUGCCGCUCUUGGGUUAUGGAUGUUAGGUGCUACUACUUAUAAUCAUCGUAUGUGGGUGGCUCCUGCAUCAUCAGGUAUACCUUUCGGAUUUGGUAUGGUUUUGAUUUAUUACUCAUUAAAUAACUAUAUCAUUGAUUGUUACGUUCAAUAUGCUUCAUCCGCAUUAGCUACCAAGGUUUUCUUAAGAUCUGCCGGUGGUGCUGCAUUCCCAUUAUUUACUACUCAAAUGUAUCAUAAAUUAGGCUUACAUUGGGCUUCUUGGUUACUAGCGUUCAUUUGUACCGCUAUGAUUGCAUUACCAUUUGGUUUCUCAUAUUAUGGUCAAGGGUUAAGACAUAAAUUAUCCAAAUAUGAUUAUUCCAUCGAUGCUGUCGAUGAUUAA